GUGAGAGAGAGAGAGAGAGAGAGAGAGAGAGAGAGAGAGAGAGAGAGAGAGAGAGAGAGAGAGGCAGACAAGAGAGAGAAUUAAGAGAUAAAACCAUUUCUGAUCGUGUGUGAGGGUGGGUGUGUGAGAAAGAAAGAGAGAGUUUGUAUAUGUGUGUAUGUGUGUGGAGUGCAAGUGGAUGUGGCACUGACAGAGAUCCAGGGAAGCCACUUCAACACGUCACACCUUAAGAGAGUGAGAGAGCGAGUGAGGGAGGGAGAGAGAGAGAGAGGGAAGGAGGGAGGGAGAGAAAGUCAGACAGAGUUAGAGUUACACCACCACAACUGGAGAGAGAGAGAGUGUGUGUGUGUGCUCAUGCUCAUGCUCCCACCACAAAACUUUCAGACUUCACAAUCUCAGUCAGACACAGAGAGGAAGGAAUAAAGACAGGACAGAAGGGAUAGGGGGAAAAAAGAGAGGGAAAGAAGGAAAGAGGGUGGAAAACGAGUAGAGAGAGUGAUAUUUCCACAGGUUGACGCUAUUUUUUUUGGGUUGAGCUUGAGCCAUGGUGAUGUGCCUUUACUAAAGCAGCAGCCCUGAUAAGGAGAAGUGGAGAAGCGGAUACUCCCCGAGCACCAUUACCUCAGCGCCACCACCGGCAACGACCAGCUGAUCUUUUGCACGCCACCGUCUCUACAUCUGUGCGUCUCGCCGUCGUCUCUUUUGCACUCUCCGUCUGGACUGUGUGUGUGUCUCACCACACACACACACACACACACACACACACACACAGAGCCCUUAGCUGGCUUGUUGGGUUGCCGCACAUUGCUUUUGGUGGGUGCUCCGCUCACUCGCUUGCUUGCGUGUGAACCCAUGUGUGAGCCUGUGUGAGAAGGUGAGGAGGACUUUUACUUCUUCUACAUACUUCUGGGAGAGGUGCAGUCUGUGUUUUCUUUUUUCUCAUCUUCUGUGAACCGGCAGACAAAAGACGAAACACAAGUUGGACCCAAUUCUGAACCAGAACCCAUUCACCUACCAAAUUCUUUGCCUCGUCUCAACAAAGGCGCCAGCAGUUUCCACCAUAAGACUUAGCGCCACCACUACUACCACCAGGACGACCAUAACCACUAUCAAAGGCGGUUUGUCCACCAGCAACAACCAACGACACCAGCACCAGCACCAGGACCUCCAGUUCCAGCUCCAGCCAUGGACCAGCCAGCCAGCAGCUGCAUGCGCAGCUCCCACCCGGCCAACCCCAUCUGGGGCUGUGUGCGCACCCCGCACUCCGGCGUCCCCUCCGGCGGCCUGCAGCCCUACCAGCAGGCCGGGCCCUUCUCCCUGCACCAGAAGCCCGACUUCCUGGCCUACACGGACUUCUCCAGCUCCUGCCUGGUGCCCUCGCCGCACGCCUACCCCCGCGCCGACGACAGACUCUACCCGGCCGAGGCCCACGCCACCGCCACGGCCGCCGCCGUCGCGGCAGCCACCGGGUACCAGUCCGGCAGGCCUGCUGUGGACUGGCAGUUCGGGCCCUGCGAGCCCAGGGGCGUCCGGGGCGGGCAGGAGCCGUGCCAGGGCGCUGGAGGGGUCGGCGUUGGCGGUGGGGUGGUAGGGGGCACAGAGAUGGACAGUGCUGGUGGGGCAGCUGGGGGGGACUCCAGGCUGCCGGGAGGUGGGGGCCUGGAGGGGGACUACUCGCCACAGGGCCUGGGAGCGGCCGGAGACGCGGACAAGAAGAUGUCGAAGAAGAAGAAGGACAUUACAGAUAUCCAGGACUCCAACUACAAGGGCGACUCCAACUGCAAGGCCAGGAAGGAGCGUACGGCGUUCACGAAAGAGCAGCUCAGGGAGCUCGAGGCGGAGUUUACCCAUCACAACUACCUGACACGUCUCCGUCGCUACGAGAUUGCCGUCAACCUCGACUUGACCGAGAGACAGGUAAAGGUAUGGUUCCAGAACAGGAGGAUGAAGUGGAAGAGAGUGAAGGGAGGACAGCCUGCUUCCCCUCAUGACCUGGAAGGUGAUGACCUGGACUCAGCUGCAUCACCCAGCUCAGAGUAAUGAAGAAAAGGCAAGAAGAAAAAGAAGAAAAUUGGGCCUCCACUCCACUAUUUUUUGUUUUUGUAUUGUUUUUAAAUCUUGUUCAAAGAGCUUUAUGAGACAGAGAUACUGUGUUGAUCAAUACGCCUGUCCAUUCGUCGAGGAGUAAAGAAGGGAAAUGAUGAAGAAGAAGAACAGGCCUCCACUACAUCUUUUUUAUUUUGGUUUAUCUUUUUUAAUUGUGUGCAAAUAACUCUAUGAGACAUCAUGAUUGUCCAUACGUCAGAGAAGGGGGAUAAGAACAAAUCGGGCCUCCUCUGAGUCUUUAUUUUGUUUUCGUUUAUUUUUUUUAAUUGCGUGCUAACAACGCUGUGAGACACCAUGAUGGUCCAUACGCCUGUCCUUUCAUCAGGCGGUAGGACAGUUGGAAACGGGGUUGCUUUUUGAGAGUGCUUGCACAUGACUUUUUUUUGGGAACAAGCCUCUUUUCUGCCCCCAUGUGUUUUUUUUAUCCCGAAUGUGCCACCAGAGACCACUCCACAUGUUUCGCUGACUGAUCUGGAGGCGGUAAUGAUGAUGAACCAGUAAUGAACUAAAGAUGAAUGGCCAUCACUUUGUCUUUUGUUUUCAUUGUUUUUCUUCUGUUUAUAACCACAGCGUUUGUUGAGGAACCUGUGGAGGACCUGAACUUUCGAAGAAUCUGAGAGUGCUACACCACUGCGCACA